AUGGACGGCAUUGAGCUGUUGGCCCGUGCCAAUAGCCAUGACUCAGAGAGGACCAAACUCCUCAAGCAGGUGCUCCUGUCCUCGUCGAGGCUCCACCGGGAGCUGCGCGUGACCUUGGGCACGCCGGCGCCGAAAGCGAGCAAGUUCGGCAGCUUCGUGCCGAGCGCCGCACUGAGGCAGAAGGAGUUACAAGCUGCAAGCCCUUUGGCAGCGUCGUUGAAAGAAAAGCUCGAGCUGUGUGCUCAAGGCGAUUCCGACGUUUGCGAUCUUAUGACGCCUGGACGAGAGCUCUCGCCGGUGCUGAAGUCUUGUGGGGCGAGAAUCGGCAACCUUUCAGAUAGGCUUUCCGCAGUGGAGGGGCAAUUGGUUCUGCGCGGCGGUGCUUUACCUGCACGGGAGGAGGAGGAGACCCAUCUCAUCGAAAUCAUCCCAAGGGGCCAGCAGGCCUCGGCGGCCACUCGGCACAAAGCUGAAGCGGCUGCGGAGCGGGCCCUGCAGCAGCAUGCUCGCUUCGCCGCACUGGAGGAUUUGCAAAAUACUCUCCAGACGCGAUUUUCAUACGAUGACCUGCGACAGUCAUUUCCGCGCAGGUCGAGAUGGAAUCCGAAUCUCUACCUUCUGACGGACGAGACCUUGAAAAAUCCGGCUGAGUUCAAGGAAGCUGUUUGGCGCAAGCUGCCGAAGGAAUCGGAGGCAGAUGCCGAAGGCGCUCGUGGUGCUGUGAGAUGGCGAAGGACGGUUGGGGGAGCACCUGGUAGAGCCAGCAUCAUGAAGACUUCCAGCGAUUUAGGCGCAAAGGCAUCGUCUGGGAAGCCAAAUUUGCGGGCUUCGGUUUUGUGA